ACAAUAUUGAACUCUACAAAACUAUUGGAAACCCCAAAGACUUCGACCUGAUAGGAACUACAUGUUCAAUAUUAUCUGAAAGUAAUAUCCACUAAUUUCAUCCUUGUAUCAUAAUCCUUUCUUUAGAAUACAUUUUUAUUCGAAACAUUUCUCUUUUACGAAACAAUGAGCUCCCAUCCAACACCAACCUCACCACAAAACUCCACCAAGAGAAUUAGUUUCAUUGACAAUGCCCCUUCUACACCAACCAGAAAAGGCUCAAAAUCCAUCGAUUCUCCCCUCAACAAUAUAGUUGCCUCGAGAUCAAGAGCAAAAUCUUCACCAAUUCCACCUCAAAAUCUAACUCCAACGAUUAAAACUCCAAGUUCUAAUAGAAUGACAUCUCCAAUUUCUAAGGGACCUCUUGAUUUUUCAUCUGGGUUGACCAGUCCAAGUUCACCUUCUAAUGCUAGUGGUGGUGGUCAAUCCAUUUCAAAUACUAGAAGAUUAUCAAUUUCAACAGGGGUGGUCAACUCGCCAAAUCAACAAAAGAAAGAGGGACGUAGAGAAAGACUUUCAAUGGUUUUCAGACUUUUCGAUAAAGAUGGCGAUGACAAACUAAACCCAGAAGAAAUGAACGAUUUCCUAACAAGUGUAUAUAAUGGUCCAGAGAGUAAGGAAUUUCUCUCACUCAUUAAGAAUUCUCAUAAGGAAGGUGUAACUUUUGAUGAAUUUGUUAAAUUAUGUCGAGAUGAUGCAGCAGCAGCUUCCAACAAGAGAGAAUCAAAAUCACCUAUGAAAGGACGUGGUAGAAGUCAAUCAAUGGCUAUUUCUGCAUAUAAACAUUCACCACUGUCAGAGAUUGAUGAUGACGAUGGAUUUACAGAUGAAGAUUUGAGGGCUGUCUUUUCUGAGAUUCUUGAUGUUAAUGAAGAUGGUGUUGUUUCAAUGAGUGAAUUCAAGAAGGUUAUUUCAAAUUUGGGAAUUCAACAAACAUUCUCUGAUGAAGAAUUGAGUAUUUUGUUUGAGGGCUCAAAAACUUUGAGUUUCGACCAGUUUAGAAAAUUGGUCAUGUAAAUUAUUUCAACAAUUCUAAUUGUAACUUUAAAUAACAACAAUAAAUUUGAAAAUUAAUCUAAU